AUGCCUGACUGCGCGGAGCGCACAGAGGCGAACCUGAACACGCUUUUCGCGCGUUACCCUGAUAUCAAAUUCAAUUCGACAUCCGAUCUAUUCGACGGGGGUCACGACAAAGAGCACUUCUCGUCACCGUGUUCCAAUAUCACCGACCAUGACGAAACCCUUCUCUCAACAGACUCGGCAUCAACUGCCAAUACUACGCCGCUACGCCCAAUUCCUCGUACCGCUGACGCGCCGGAUGUACCCAACCUUGCGGACUUUCUUGAAGAGGUGGAGGGUACAGAUCUCCCAGCAGGCAGCAAAGAAGGCUUCAAGACUCUCGCCCGUCAAAUGAAAGAACUUGCCCGGCUUUUAGUGCCGAGUAGUGGUCAGUACUUUGAUGGUUACGCCAACUCAAACCGAGAGCAAUUUCUAGGUCGAAGUCGAUCGAUUCUGGCCCGACUUCACGACUCAAACAACAGAUUAGAGGAGCAGGUUCGGAAUAUUUCCUACAUCAGGUCUCUGGCACCAUUUACCGUCGAACCAGCGCAACGAGAUAUGUGGAGCAUCUACCGCCAGAGGGCGAGACUGAUUGUGAAGUAA